UUUUCGUCACUCUAAUACGUGCAUACCUUGACCUUCAUACAUCGAUACACAAUGCAGUUAUCCGCCCUUUAAUACUCAGCUGUGUAUAUUCUGUAAGUGUAAACAAAUUUUGGUCACAGCCGUGUGUUGGUGCCUACAUCUCUCAGUCUGAAAUGGAGUCUACGGAAUUUGAAUACCCCGGGAUGACCAGCGAAUGUUAUCCAGAAUGUUUUAACAUCGAGGCGAUGCCACCACAGCCCAAGGAGAAAAAGCCGGGCCAGCUUCCUGAACACCUCGUAAAACAGUUUUUUGAGGAGGGUUACAUUUUGAUCGAGGAUUUUUUUGACACCAAGACAGAGUUAGAUCCAGUGAGGGAGGCUAUUAAUGAAUUGGUAGAUGGGCUGGCCAUUAAACUUCACGACGCUGGCAAGAUUAAAAAGUUGUACAAGGAGUAUGGAUUUUUUGAACGUUUGACAAAAAUUGAGGCGGAAUUUCCUGGAGCUAAUAUCAUUUUACACAAGACCGGAAAACUUCCGCAGGCGUUUAGAGAUCUCUGGUCAAACGAUAAAUUAUUGAACGUCAUCGAGCAGCUGAUUGGUCCUGAUAUUGCGACGUCGCCAGUCUGGAAUCUGAGAACGAAAACUCCGAAAAACAAUGCAACAAUUGUACCCUGGCAUCAAGAUAGCGGAUAUUUCGACAAUCAGUCGUACAAGGUAUUGAUUCCUACAGCCUGGAUCCCGUUACUAGACACUGAUGAUUUCAAUGGAGGAAUGCAGGUUGCAAAAGGAGGUCAUCGUACUGGUCGCGUAGCCACUCAUCAGUGCUGCUGGGGAAACACGUGGUACGUAAUGAUGGAGGAGGAAGAGAUGAAGAAAUCACUAGGGGUGGACAUGGAUAAUGACGUCAUCACAUGUCCAGUUCCAUACGGAGGAAUGCUUUUGUUCAAUAACCUGACUCCUCAUCGCAGUCUUCCAAACAUUUCCAAACAAAUUCGCUGGGCACUGGAUCUCCGGUGGCAACGCCCAGACCAGCCUUACGGACUGUACAAUCUCAAAGACGGACUGUUACUGCGCAAAGAUGGAAAAAACGUGGAGCAGGACUGGGAGAAAUUCGAGGCUGUCGACAGAACCGUUGUUCAAAAGAAAUCUGUUGAAGGCUUUGUUGAUCUCUUUGGGGGAGCAUGCCUGGGUCUUGGAGUUUUUGUUUUGGUCGAUAAAAACCAGAUUUUGGUCCUGACCCGUAGUGCAAGUGUGGACACAGACAGUCUGGAUGUCCCAUCCCUGCUGGAGUCAGCCGCGUACGCCCUCAUCGCGGGAGGGGGGUUCAUAUUUGGCGUGGCUUUCCUGGGAUGCUGUGGGGCCAUAACGAAAAGCAAAUGCAUGCUUAUUAUGUAUGCAGUUAUCGUUGGAAUGAUUUUCGCUGUGGAAGUCGCAGCAUGUGUCCUGGCAGUCGUAUUCAAGAAUGACUUUGACAAAUACGCCAAAGACAACCUGAAUACCUUGUUACAGACAAGAUACAAAGGACCCUACGACACGUCUGACACCGUGAGCUUGGCUUUCGAUCUGGCUUUUAUAUUGUUCCAAUGUUGUGGUGUCGAAUCAGGUUUGGAAUUCAAUUCCACAGUGACGAAUUGGAACACGACAUACGUUUACCAGACUGGUGGCACCUACACCACGGCCACUGCUAUUAUACCGCCAACGUGCUGCGAAUUCUCCAAUGCGGACGCAUUCCCGUCAGAUCCUGUAACUUUUUACAAUUCCAUGACCAAUAACCAGUGUCCAGUCAAUGCAGCCAACUCUUACUACAACCAGGGAUGCUAUGAUCAACUACAGUCUAAGUUUGAGUCCUACCUGAAUAUCGUCAUUGGAAUAGCUGCAGGUGUUGGCGCACUGGAGCUAAUUGGUAUCGUGGCAGCUUGCUGUUUGAUGAAGAAAAAUGAAGAUGAAGAUUUGCAAAAUGCUGCCAAAAUGUAGUAUAACAGAUGCACCUCCCGAGUGAACCGACAGUUAACAGAAUAUUCCGUUAAGUGGGAGAUUCUUAACUUGGAAUGACGUCUCCUAAUCAUAAAAUUGCGUAAAUCGGACA